AUGUUCUCCUGCGACCCCUCCUUCCGUACCGGUCUGGACAUCACCGACUCCUCCACUGCGAGGAAACUGUCCCCGGGGACGGCCAACGAACGGAGGCGGUCUACUCUCGGCAGCGCACGCACGGUGGUGAACGUGAAGGAUUUCGGUGCCCGAGGCGACGGAUCAUCGGACGACACCAAGGUAGUAGGCCAUUCAACAAUCUCUUGCGUCGCAGAUGGGAACUUCCUUCUAAGCGUUCUCGGACCCGCCCGUCGAUUAUCUCGUCUUCAGGCGUUCGCCGCUGCCUGGAAGGCGGCUUGCUCUUCCUCAGCUCUCGUCACUGUGUUGGUCCCCGAGGGGAAGGCAUACCGGCUCAAGCCCAUCACCUUCUCCGGUCCCUGCAAGUCUCCAAUCACCGUAGCGGUGAGACACGACAACCCACUCCCCAGCUCCCCUCGCACCAAAAUCUUAUUGCGUCGCGCCUCCUUAGACUCCCUCUGUCUUCCAACUGUCAUCCACAGAUCAAGGGAACGAUUCUCGCCUCCGGAAGGAUAUCCGACUGGGACGGAGCGGACCGCAGGCUCUGGAUGCUGUUCGACAAGGUCGACGGCCUCAGAGUGGAGGGCGGCGGAACCAUCGACGGCAACGGGCAGGUGUGGUGGAAGGUCUCCUGCAAAGUCGACCCCGCACAGGUAGCAACCCCUCUUACUUUCUCCGCUUGCGCACUCCAUGGCACUGCCAGCGGAAACUCUCUGUCCUUGGGCUUAGUUUCUCGGCCAGUAGCUCACUGACUCGUUUUCUGAUGUUUCUUUGACGUGACGUUAUAGCCGCGCGAGGUUGCACCCACGGUACGUUCUGCUCCUAGCACACGACUAGACUAUUUCAGUUCGUGUGGAUUCCAUUGUUUCUGCGAGCUGACUUCUGGGAUGACCCCUUGCAGCCGUUGACAUUCCGAUCCUGCCGUGGCUUGACCGUAACCGAUCUGAAAUCCUAGAACAGCCAGCAGAUGCACGUCACCUUCCCGAAGUGCGCCAACGUCCGGAUCUCCCGACUGACUAUCUCCGCCCCCGGGAACAGUCCCAACACGGACGGAAUCCACGUCUCCGGCAGCACCGACGUUAAGAUCAGCGACUCCGUCAUCAGGACAGGUCCACCCUCCGCCUCCGCUUCCUUGGCCUCCCCCAUCCGCGAAGCCGGAAGAAUGCGGACCUUGGCUUCGCUCUGAAUUCCUCCUUGUAGGCGAUGACUGCAUCUCCAUCGUCAGCGGCUCACGCUCCGUUACGGCCACCAACAUCGUCAGAUGCACGUCUCUCCUGCUUUCGCGCUCUCUCUCUCUUUCUCGCCCUCUUCCUUUCUCUCACUCUCGCUUUCUCGCUGAGUUCCUCUCGCCAAUCUUCCGUUCGCCCUUUGCCGCGCAGAAAUCCGCCGUCGCCGUGAGCGGAGUGACGUUCAAGAACGUCAAGGGAACAAGCGCAACCGCGGUGGUCGUGGCCUUCGACUGCAGCCGCACGGUCCUCUGCCGAGGGACAACGCUGCAGGAGGUCCAACUCAUCACGGCGAGCGGAGCAUCCGCCGCAACGUCAACCUGGCCAAAUACGGCACCGUCGUCCCGUCGACGUGCUCCUCCUGACGGCGCCUGCUUCCGCCCCGGAGGAGAGAAGCAACAAUGAUCGGAAGAACGUCCUCUGAGAUAUGCCGCGGUUGGGACUCUUAUUCGGCAGAUUUUACUACUGCUCCAAAGUCCGAAUAAAAUCUAGCUUAAACGCAGGUCUUAUUCGUGCAUCAGAAGGUCACCAGGAAGGAAACUACGCGUAAUAUAAAACCGGAGUCUGCUCACAGUCCGAAUAGCUUUGAUAAGUUGCCUCUAUCUGGGCCGGCCAUAUCCUCGGCCACUUAGAACAAUCAUAACUCAAGAGAAGAAGUGUUCAACCGCACACAAAGAAUUGCGGCGGGAGAAACAGAAGAGUCCCGCGCACACGGGAACCAGCUUCUCUGGUCGGAAUGAAAAACCGCCCGAGGCGUUUGCCGCGGUGUUGAAAGCACGAGUGUUCCAGCCCUCGUCCAUUCCGCAACAUCCCCAACGCCUCUCGAAGAGCGAGGAGAAGAAGACGAAGAAGAGGAUCUGUAUGCUGACAAUAACUCACGUCCAGCACCACACUAA